ACUGCCACGUGGGUCCCCAUCUAUUGUUCCCCUCACAAAAUCUUAUAUUAUAUUAAUACAUAAGAUUUUAUUUAAAAUAAUUAUUAAAUAAUAAUAUAAUUUUUUAUAAUAAAAUACUAAAAUAUUUACUGAGCUUUUUACAACAAUCCUAAACGCAAAUUGACAACUGGCAAGCAAAGUUUAGGUUGGUCCAUUUAAGAAUUAAAUAUACAUAAAUAUUGUAAAACAUUAAAAUUCCAGAAGUGCCCAUAUCUUCUUACUCAUCCCUUUCUUUUCUAGUUUGCCCUUUUAUUUCUCUGGUAGUUUCUCUCACUUCUUUCUCUAACUUCGCCCCAUGUCCAUCUUCAGGCAAUGUUUGGUUGCUAAGAAACUAAAAGUAAAAAUAAUUGAACAAAAUUGUAGGUUUUCUCCUCAAUCGGGUUUAGAUGGCAAAUGAACCAACUAAAAUUUACAAAAGAAAGUUAUACAAGCUUUCUCUUAAUUUUGGAACUCUCUUUUUUAUUUUCUAAUCAAACCAAUAAAUUUUGAAAAAUUUAAAAGUCUAAUGAUUCUUUCCAACAUAUAAUUUGACUAUAAUUUCCCCCUCUUCUCAAACAUCACUCUUGCUCUGUUUUCUUUGAUUAAAAAAUAAUGGUUUUAAUGAAAUUGGACCUUCUUAAUGUGCAGGUUGGCAUUCCUCUCUUGGAUGACUUGUAUCUGGACUUCAUUUGUGUACAGAAAAUAUGGCAUAGCCAAGUUACAUUAAUGUCCUCAUUUGUUCAAAACUUGAGGAAAUUGACAGUGCGGUGCUGUAAUAAUUUGGAAUAUCUCUUCACAUCAUCGAUGGUUGAAAGUUUUGAGCAACUUGAAGCACUCCAGAUUUCAAGAUGUAAGGAGAUGCAAGUGGUAAUACUGAUAGAAGAAUUGGUAGAAAAAGAAAAGACAAGCCAGAUAAUGUUUCCCAAACUAGACAACUUACAGCUCGUUGGCCUUCCGCAACUCAUAAGAUUUUGCUCCAAUUGCAAUUCUUUUGGAGAAGUAUAUGAAGCUCAAGGACUCAGUGGUAGUGGAUCACAAGUAGUUGCAGCCGCACAAUCAAAGUUGGUGGAAACAGAAGUCACUCGGCUUGUAUUUCCUCGAGUAACAUACUUGGAACUUGGUCGUCUACCCAAUUUCACGAGUUUCUUCCCUAAAAUCCACAUCACAAAAUGGCCAUUGUUGAAAAGAAUGAUUGUGGAACAAUGUGACAAGGUGAAGACAUUUGCCUCAGAAUUUCCAAGCAUUGAAAUAACAGAUGGGGACAACCAACUUGAAAGGCAAACUCAAGAUCCUAUGUUUUGGAUUGGCAAGGUACGAUCACCAAAUGGGAAAAAAUAAUUGCAUGUAGCUUAUACGAAUCAUUUUUUCCUUAAAUUCAAGAAGGAAAAACUUUGAUUAGUUCUUUUUUUUUUUUUCUCUCUAAUGGAAGAUUCUUGUAAAUGUGUAUUGCUAUUAGGUAAAUGUUGGCUUGGGUUUAAGUUUUGACAAGUGAUAUAUAACUACCUUUUCUUGAAGUAUAGAAAUCAUUUUUUUUUACUUGUUUAGAGUUCAGGCUAAUCAAUUUGGCAGAUGUUU